UUCUGGUGUUCGCUCCUAGCUCCCAGAACGUUCCCUGACACGUGGACUCCGUAUCUUUCUCCUUCCCAACGCCACUCACAGAAUAAAAACUCGAGCGCUUCGUCCUUCAAGUAAUGGCUUUCUGAUUUCGUCCCGUCCCGCUUCGCAGUGCUCUUUUUCUUGAGGAGCGACGGUAAGGAGCUCCAAAAGGUCCACUAAGCAAUAAAUAGUGGCAUGGGAGGGAACGGGAGAGACGACUUUUUUGGUGUGCAGGAUUCAUUUCUAGACUCUAGUGUUUUCGGUCGAGCAAGGAGCAUGUCAUCAAAUUUCUUUGGUGGUAGGAAUCUAUUUGACGACCCAUUUUUCGCUGAUCCUUUCUCUGCUUACCGCUUCAGAAGCACCAUGGGCCCAAGCAUUUUUGAGAAUAGCAUAUUUGGUUCACAUGGAAACCCAUUUGGAGAAGGAAAUAAUUUCGAAUUUUUAGAGAAUCAUCUUUUGCAGAGACAUAAACCUUCUGGCCCAAUAAUUGAAGAGAUGUCUGAUGAUGCUGAGAAUGUCGAGACUUCUGAGGAGCAUGAAAAAGAUCCUGAAAAGAUUCUCAGUUCUACAAAGGAAGCAUGGGCUCAGGAUCCCAUUGAGAAAUCAAGAGGAGUUAAAGAGCAUCAAAAAAAUCAGAAUGAACUACAUAAACCUUCUGGUGGGGAACCUCAAACGAGUAAAUAUGCCUUUCACAGCUCAACCACGAGAUAUGGUGGCAUUAAUGGGACAUAUUACACAUCUUCCACUACGAUGAGAAUGAGCGGCGAUGGGGUGGUGGUGGAAGAAAGGAAAGAAGCUGAUGCCAGUUCAGGCAGGGCGACACAUAGGGUGUCUAGAGGAAUUCAAGACAGGGGCCACUCAUUUACCAGGAGGCUGAAUUCUGAUGGAAGGGUGGAUACCAUGCAGACACUGCAUAAUCUAAAUCAAGAUGAGCUGCCUGGAUUUGAAGCAGCAUGGAAGGGGAGUGCUGGAGAAACCUUGCUGGAAUGGAAUCCAGGGAUUAGCAUGCGUGGAUAUGAAGAGACGAGGCGCAGCAGCAAUCGAAGUGGACGGCCGUCGAAGGUUAUCGAGAUUGAAGCUAUCCCGUCCACAGCAGAUCAAAUAGAGGUAUCAAGAACCGGAUCUCAGACGUAACGAUAUAUAUUCAAGUCCUUAACAAGUUUACUCCUAGACUUCAUCCCUGCAUAAUUAUAUCAUGCUCCACUUAGUUCUGAUGGGUUUAUUCCGUCGAAUGCUAUGUCCAAUCAUAUACAUGUGCUGAACCUAUAUUAAUUUGCUCAGUAGGUGUUUUUAAGUAGUGGUAUUGUUCUCCAUCGUAUUGUCACAAUGUUGUAAGAGUUUCUGCUGCUGUUAUAAUACAUGGACUUUUGUUUUAA